UGCUUUGUUGCAAUAGUGCAGGUGCUGUAAGCAGAAGCACACACGGGAUAUCAAACAAGAACACACCCACAAUAUGUCCGGUAUCUGGUCUGCAGGGUGAGUAUGUACAGGAUAUAAACAUGUGUAUAAACAUGUGUAUAAACAUGUGUAUAAACAUGUAAAGACAGUUUCAUGUGUUCAUUGUAAAGUGUGCCAGCAGCAGGAGGAAAGACCUGCAGUAUCUCUGUCUGUCCCUGAAGCUGCUCUCCAGAGCAGACAGGGGUCCUGCAGGGGUGGGACUCAUGGUCCAGCAUGGAGGGCAGGUCUGCCAGGACCCUUUUGUCACCGACCUCCUGCACCGAGUCCAGAGACCAGUCCAGGACAGAGCUGGACUUCCUGAUGGUUUGAUGACCUGUUACCUGGAUGUUCACCGGUGAGGAGACUGCAGAGCAACGCUUCUCCUGUUUAUAAAGCUGAGAGUCGACUGGAGGCUGUAGAGGCUUUCCAGCAGCCACAGGAGGAGGAGGAGGAGGAUGAAGAUGUUGAGUGUCCAUCGGCGUGGAGCGGAUCUCAGUUCAAUCCGUCUGAGCUGAAACUGAAACUUUUGGAUGUGUUUGUCUCUUUGGAGCUUUUUCUUCUUCUGAAAAGGUGAAACCAGAGGAAGAGUCUCCGCUCUGCAGCUGCAGCUUUCUGAGACUUCCCGUCCUGCCUCCAGCAUGAGUGACAUCUACGAGUCGGCGGCCAACUCUCUGGGCUUGUUCAGCAGUCCCUGUCUCACCAAAGUGGAGCUGAGACUCACCUGCAAAGGGAUCUCAGACCGAGACGCCCUGUCCAAACCCGACCCCUGCAUCAUCCUCAAAAUGCAGUCCCACGGACAGUGGAUGGAGGUUGACCGGACGGAGGUGAUCCGCAGCUGUGUGAACCCCACCUACUCCAAGGUUUUCACCCUGGAUUUUUAUUUCGAGGAGGUGCAGCGUCUGCGCUUCGAGCUGUACGACAUCAACAGCAGCCACAACGGCCUGAAGGAGGCCGACUUCCUGGGGUCGGUGGAGUGCACGCUGGGACAGAUCAUCUCUCAGAGGAAACUGUCCAAAGCUCUGCUCAGACCUGGAGGCACCGUGGGGAAAGCCAUCAUCACGAUCACAGCAGAGGAGCUGACGGGAAACGAUGACUACAUCGAGCUUUCCUUCAGCGCCAGGAAACUGGAUGAUAAGGACUUCUUCAGUAAAUCGGAUCCGUUCCUGGAGAUCUACAGGCUGAACGAUGAUGCCACCAUGCAGCUCGUCUACAGAACCGAGACUGUCAUGAAUAAUCUCAAUCCCGUGUGGAAAACCUUCAAAGUGUCUCUCAACUCGCUCUGCAGUGGAGACCAUGAACGCAAGCUGCAGUGCACCGUGUGGGACUGGGACUCCAACGGGAAACACGACUACAUCGGUGAAUUCGAGGCCAGCUUUAAAGAGAUGAGGGGAGCCAUCGACGGACGUCAGGUUCAGUGGCCGUGCAUAAACCCUAAAUACAAAGUGAAGAAGAAGAACUACAGGAACUCUGGGAUUGUCAUACUAAGCCAGUGCAAGAUCAUCAAGAUGCACUCCUUCCUGGAUUACAUCAUGGGAGGCUGUCAGAUACAGUUUACUGUGGCCGUCGACUUCACCGCUUCUAACGGAGAUCCUCGUAACAGCUGCUCUCUGCACUACAUCCACCCUUACCAGCCCAACGAGUACCUGAAGGCUCUGGUGGCGGUGGGGGAGAUCUGCCAGGACUACGACAGUGACAAAAUGUUUCCGGCGUUCGGCUUCGGAGCUCGGAUCCCUCCCGACUUUAAGGUCUCCCACGACUUCGCUGUGAAUUUUAACGAGGACAACCCGGAGUGUGCAGGUAUCCAGGGUGUGGUGGAGGCCUACCAAGCCUGCCUACCUAAGCUGCAGCUCUAUGGCCCCACCAACAUCGCCCCAAUCAUCCAGAAGGUCGCCAAAACUGCCUCACAGGAGGUCCACACCAAAGAGGCCAUGCAAUACUUCAUCCUGCUGAUCCUUACGGACGGCGUCAUCACCGACAUGGCGGACACCAGGGAGGCCAUCGUCCAGGCCUCCCACCUCCCCAUGUCCGUCAUCAUCGUUGGGAUCGGGAAUGCCGACUUCAGCGACAUGCAGAUGCUGGACUGCGAUGACGGGAUCCUCCGCUCGCCCAAAGGAGAACCGGUGCUCCGGGACAUCGUCCAGUUCGUCCCUUUCCGCAAUUUCAAACAUGCCUCUCCAGCUGCUCUGGCUAAGAGCGUGCUAGCAGAAGUGCCCAACCAAGUGGUUGACUAUUACAACAGCAAGGGCAUCAAGCCCAAAGUGCCCAGCCAGUACCAGUCUUCCAGGCCGUUUGGCCCCUGAGCAUCAGCUGCCAUGGGGCGGCACAUCCUCUCGUGGACCGAGCGACACAUUUUCUGUCUUUUGUUCUUUGUUAAGGCGGAUGCUAAAGGUGCUACGGUGUUUUAUCAUGAGGAGACGGGUCACUUUAGACCUUCACUGUCAGCAGGACACAUCUGUUCAGUUCUGACCCAGACCAGAGGUCAAGAAUCAGGUCAGGUCUCAUUUUUCUGCUGCUAGUCCCCAACCAGAGUAUGCAUGUUAUCAUCUACGGUCACAGCAGGAGCAAACGGUGUGUUCAGAAUGUUUUAUUUGUUAAUAUGAAGCUAAACUUGAAAGCAAAAUAGCACAAGGAGGCAAAAACUUUCAUGCAAAUCAUCAACCAAAGCUGGUGAAGCAGAAGGUGGAGAAGGAGAUUAUGCAUGCAUCAUGAAGACAUGCUAGCUGCUUAAGACCAUUUUCUGAUCAUCUGUCAUCUCCUUUCUACAUCUGAACUGAUGUUUUUGUAAAUGCAACUGAUCAGAAAGCAGAUUUAAAAAUAUCUCCAGAGUAUCCUCCUGAAGUACGAGCGC